ACGGAGACGGAGGUGGGGACGAUGGAGAUGGAUGUCUGCGGUGCUCUUCCUGCCGCCGCCACCGCGGCUCGUCGCUCCUCGAACCGCUCGCGCUGCCUUGUUGUUCUGUCGUCAGCCGCCGUCUCGGCUCCAGCAGUUGGGCCGCGCGCGUGAGGGUCGCGCGGCUCCCGCCCCGGGGUCCCGCUCCACCACUGCCACUGCGGCGCUCGUGCCGUCCUCCGGCUCCGGCGUCGACCGCGCUUCCCCGCAACCACUCGGCCGUCCGACCAGCGUUGAGAAGGGAGGUGGGGCGGGGGGGGGGAGGUGUCCCCCGCGCCCAAGCAUGGACCCUGUGGCCAAGCCGUGCGCGUCCCCGGCGGACAGGAGCGCUCAGCCCGCGGGCGGCAGACCCAGCUCGUUGGGGGCCACCGGCGGGGACGCGACCGAGCGCAGCAGCGCCAGAGACGAGGCGACGAGCGGCGGGGACACGCUGAGCAGCUUCACGGACACGGAGGAGUCGCUGGAGGACAAGCUGAGGGGUCUGGCGUUCAGGAAGCAGACCUCGUACAGGAAGGCGAUCUCACGGUCCGGCUUGCAACACCUGGCGCCGAUCCAGAGUGCCUACCCAGCGCUGAGUAACGGGCCCACCAAGGAGCUGCGCACCACCGUGGACUGGAGCGAGAAUGCUGUAAACGGGGACCACCUGUGGCUGGAAACCAACUGCUCCGGGGAGCUGUGCUACCUGGGAGAGGAGACGUGCGUGGCGAAGAUCGCGAAGUCGGCACCCCGGAGGAAGUGUGCGGCGUGUAAAAUCGUGGUCCACACGGCCUGCAUGGAGCAGCUGGAGAAGAUUAACUUCCGCUGCAAGCCCACUUUCAGGGAGGGAGGCUCUCGCUGUGCGCUGAGGGAUCAGAACAUCCUGCGUCAUCACUGGGUACAUCGGCGCCGCCAGGAGGGCAAGUGCCGUCAGUGCGGAAAGGGCUUCGUCCAGAAACUCUUCCACAGCAAAGAGAUCGUGGCCAUCAGCUGCUCCUGGUGCAAGCAGGCGUUCCACAACAAGGUGACGUGCUUCAUGCUGCACCAGAUCGAAGAGCCCUGCUCCCUGGGAGCGCACGCCGGCGUCAUCGUGCCGCCGUCCUGGAUCGUUAAAGUCAGAAAGCCGCAGAGCUCUUUUAAAAACUCGAGCCGGAGGAAAAAACGGACGUCGUUCAAAAGAAGGACCAGCAAAAAGGGGACCGAUGACUCCAAGUGGCGUCCAUUUAUAAUCAAACCCCUGCCAUCUCCACUCAUGAAGCCCGUGCUGGUCUUCGUCAACCCCAAGAGUGGCGGGAACCAGGGGACUAAGGUGCUGCAGAUGUUCAUGUGGAUCCUGAACCCGCGACAGGUGUUCGAUCUCUCUCAGGGAGGGCCGAGGGAGGCUUUGGAGCUGUACAGGAAAGUGCCAAAUCUACGAAUCCUUGCCUGUGGAGGAGACGGGACGGUGGGCUGGAUCCUGUCAGCCCUGGAUGAGCUGCAGCUGAACCCCCAGCCCCCGGUGGCCGUACUUCCUCUUGGGACAGGAAAUGACCUUGCACGCACAUUGAACUGGGGAGGGGGGUACGCCGACGAGCCGGUGUCCAAGAUCCUGUGUCAGGUGGAGGAAGGAAGCGUGGUGCAGCUGGACCGCUGGAACCUCCAGGUGGAGAGCAGCCCGUCCCAGUGUGACGAGGGCACUCACAAGCUUCCUCUUAACGUGUUCAAUAACUACUUCAGCCUGGGGUUCGAUGCCCACGUCACACUGGAAUUCCAUGAGUCCAGAGAAGCCAACCCUGAGAAAUUCAACAGCCGCUUUCGCAACAAGAUGUUCUAUGCAGGGGCAGCCUUCUCUGACUUCCUGCAGAGGAGCUCCAGGGACUUGUCCAAGCAUGUCAGAGUGGUGUGUGACGGCACAGAUCUCACACCCAAAAUCCAGGAGCUCAAGUUCCAGUGCAUUGUCUUCUUAAACAUUCCCAGGUACUGCGCAGGUACCAUGCCUUGGGGCAACACGGGAGAUCACCGCGACUUUGAGCCUCAGCGCCACGACGACGGCUGCAUCGAGGUCAUCGGCUUCACCGUGGCGUCUCUGGCGGCGCUGCAGGUGGGAGGGCACGGCGAGAGGCUGCACCAAUGCCGCGAGGUGACCCUGACGACCUUCAAGACGGUACCCGUGCAAGUGGAUGGGGAGCCGUGCCGCCUGGCCCCCUCGACGCUGCGCAUCACCCUCAGAAACCAGGCCAACAUGGUGCAGAAGAGCAAGAGACGCACCUCCGUCCCGCUGCUCAACGACAUUCAGAAAGUGUGCGCGGCUGACCUACGCCGCCUCUCCGCCCCCCCAGACUCCUUCUCCGUCCCACACUCCGUCCCAGACCGGCUGCGUCUCCGGGUCAAUCGCAUCGGUCUGCAGGAGUACGAGAAGCUGCAGUUCGACAAGGAGCGACUCCGAGACGUCUCCAUCCCUGUCGGCAUCGUGGUGGUUAGGGGCGACUGUGACCUCGAGACCUGCCGGCUAUAUAUCGACCGCCUGCAGGAGGACCUUCCUCAGGGCCCAGCUGGAGCCCACAGAGUGCACUACCAGGAUGAGCCCAGAAGUCUCCGUCGACCCGGUUCAGCUCGCCGGCUGUCCCCCAACUGGAGCUUCCUCGACUCAACUUCCGCUGACCGUUUUUAUCGCAUAGACAAAGCUCAGGAGCACCUGCACUUUGUGACGGAGAUCUGUCAGGAAGAGGUGUUCAUCCUGGAUCACGAGGCACCGUCGAGCGAGCAGGGGAGCGGUCCGGGAAUGCCCGACGUGGUUGUGGAACCCAGAAUUCCUCUGACUGCAGAAGAACAAGCCCUGCUGAAUGCUGCGUCCUGCGGAGACCUCUCAACGUUUUCCAGCUCCUGGAGCAGCGGGGUCAACCUGUUGGUGAGGAACUCGGGAGGUUGCUCAGCGCUGCACCUGGCCUCGCAGCAUGGCCACGCUGCUGUGGUGCGCUUCAUUCUGGAGCAUGGCUCAAAGUUUGUCCUGGACUUAACAGACAGUGAAACGGGGGAAACGGCUCUGCACAAAGCAGCCUCCCAGCGCCAACACACUGUGUGCCGACUGCUGGUGGAAGCUGGGGCUUCCCUUAAAAAGGUCAACUUACAGGGAAAGACGCCAAAAGACAAGGCCCAGGAAUCUGGCGACGUGGAGUUGGCUUCCUACCUGGAGAGCCAGCAACAGUACCAGACCAUCUCGCACGAGGACCUGGAGACAGCGGUAUGAGGGCCUGGCUUCCUCCUCCUCACCCCCCACAGUACCGGCAUGACAGAUGGAGGCCCGCAGGGGACGAGCCCGCCGUCCUGGCCUUGGACUGCGACGCUGGAGGUGGACACGAUUCGCUGGAGGCCGAGCGUGGCCGCUCCGGAGCAAGGGCGCGCUGUUGUCCGGGGCACUCGUCGUGCUGGGACACGUUGUCCACGGCUGCAGGAAGGGCCGUUUCCGGUCUCCGGUCGCUUUCGUAAAAGCCAGCAGCCCGGAGAGGCCCGUGCUUCACUGACAUUUCCUUUGACUUUUUUUUUUUGUUGCUAUGGGAAUGUUUACCUCUGUUUUGUCGGAUAUUUAUUUAUUUAUGGACUUCUUAUUUAUUGAUUUAUUUAUUGAAUGAAUGAUUGUAGCAGGAUUGUGGUGGCUGAGGACCAUUGGUCAGAUGUUAGGGGUUGAAAAUCUCUGAAUUGCCUUGGUCUGAGGACAGAAGCUCGGAUCUUGAGAAGCUAAAGGGUGGCCCAUCAACAAGAGGGAACUGCUGGUAAAGGGUGACUAAAAUGUAUAAAACGUAGUGGUGAAGAAGUUUGCGUGCCAAAGACGUAGUAAGCAUGUAAAGGCUGGGACGAUGCCUUUGACACUCCUACUGCACGACCACUUGACCGAUUUUACAUAAGACAUAUAUUGCACUGCAGCACAUUCUUAAUUGCUAAAAAGAAAAAAGAAAAAAAAAAGAAAGAAACCCUCGCAUAUCACCGAUCUCCUCUGCUUGUUAACUUUUUAUCCAUCAUUCUCUUUUUCACAGGCUGAGGAUUUAGGGCCCUGCCAGACACCACAACAGCAGCAGUAACGAGAGUUUCUAAUAAUUUCUGGAACCAGUCUCCAUGGUGUUCAAUUUUUUUACCUGAUAAAUGACGUGGGUUCUCUGGCAACACUGGACACUUUCUGCUAUUUCGAGGUUUUCAAAGUGACGUAUUAACAUUCCUUUAUAUUAUAGCAGUCCUUGAUGGAGGUUUACAUUAGCAUUUUACAUGAAAAUACCUGUCUGAGGUCCCAUGGCUUCCACUCCUGGUCCACAGAUAGACUGAGCCCAGUGUAUUCCAGUGUAAAUCCUCCAGUGUUUUCUCUUCGCUGGAGGACCUGAGGUGGUGAGACUGCACUGCCACCUGGACCAUGAACACAUCGCUAGUCUGGCCUCCCAGGGUGACCAUGUGGUUUUUGUUUCAAAGUUUUAAGGAGAAAAUCUAAUCCAAAUGUCUUUUAGUAAAAAAAAAAACACUCCACUCUGCUACAGACUUUCCUCCUUUUCUUUUAAAAUGCUACGAUGAGUGUGGUGGUGUUUUAUUGUGCAUAUUUAUCCGAUGAGAAGAAAAAAAAAUCUGAGCCAUAUUCAAUGCAAUAGGAAUGGAGUAUAUUUGAGUAUUUUUACAUUACAUUAAUUUUUUUAUAGUGGUUGUUUGCAACACCACUUAACUUUGUGGUGGAAUGUGCAUUUUUUUAAAAGGUGAAAAUAUCUGAUUUUUGUAUAUUUUUGUCUUUUUUUUUUUUCUUUUAAAGUAAAGAGUUAUUUGGCUUUUUUUGUUUUUCGGACAAAGAGGGUAGUACUUGUGAUUCUGUGAAAAUCAUUGGCUUGUGGUAAAGAAUUUUGCUGUCAUUUGUGACACCAUUACCAACCUGAAGUGUAGUACCUUAUUGGCCAGUUGUUUUGGGCAUCACAGUCUAACCCUAAAUCCAAGGUCAACCUUCUGGAGUAAAAUCCUAAAAUUCUUCCACUUUCCAAGAUAUUGUAACAUGUUUGUCAAACCUAAGGUAAUAUUUGCAUGCAGAGAUACCAGCUAAUGAGAAAAAAAAAAAUCAUCAAAAUUUCCAAGUUUUAUUUGUACAGAUACAAGAUAUUAAUUUAUAUUAUUUUUGUGUUUUUUUUUUUUUUUUUUAAACAUUGUGGUGCAUGGGUAUUUAUUAUCUCUUAGGUUGUUUGUUCCCCAAAAACACAACGUAUGAAGUUUUACUAUCGUUUCAUGAAUCUUGGCUAUGGCUUGAUAACUUUUCCCUUUUAGUCAUUAUUUCCUAAUGUAAUUUUUUUAAAAUAUGAGAUUACUUGAAUGUCUGAUAUGUCAGUAGAUGAUGUUUUGGUGGUAAAAAUUCUUUGUACCAUUUCAGUCACAGCCAUCCCUGGGCACUGUCACAUGUAGAUGUGGUGCCAUUGCUCAGUCCUAAUAACAUGGGUUUAAUGAGAGCUGCAGAUCAGUAAUUAAGUAAUUUAGCACUGGUCCGUAAGACUGAGAAGUGACACAGCAGUUCAGCCGAUGGCACACAAUUUGCUGGUUUUCUAUAGACAGUAGUAGACUGCCAGGCAGAAAUGACCUCUAAAGAUCAUUUUACUGUAUUUAUACAAUAGUUGCAAAAGUGAUUCCAUACCUGGUGAAACAUGUUUUCCAUACUUUAAGUGUGGUAGUUGAAAUGUCACAUUUUGGAGCCGAGCAACAGAAAUUCCCACAAAAUCCCUACCACACAUAUCAGGCGCAUUUGUAAAGACUGGUGUGUACAGCAGCGGAUACCUGAUCUGUCCCUGAUCCCAUGUAUGGAAGGUGUACAAACUGAAAAGGUGAGCAGAGGCAUGUCAGAAAUACGUGUCAUGGAAAAUACUUUCAUUACAGACACUAUUAAAGAGAAAAUGAAAAAUUAAGGGGCGUGUCUUUAUUUGGUCACGUCGACGUGACGUCACCCGCGCGAUGACGCAGGCGGGCGAAGGGGGUACAAAAUUUCCGGACUUCGGCGCCGCCCAGAUUCGAAGUGAAGUCGCCUGAGUGGGAGGUUUUAUGCGGGAACGAGCACAAAACAAGCGAAAAAAGCACUUAUUAAUUUCAGGUGUACUUCCUGCUUCUCUCAAACAAGAAUUCCUGGCAUUCACCUUGUAGCAGUCAAUCUCUUAAUAUACAUAUCUGUCGCUGCAGUUG